UACGACAUUGCGCGACCACUUUCCACUGUCUUCGGUGAGUAACUACUACACACUCUACACGGAUUAGCUUCACUGGUCACAGCUUCUCACUAAGACCACGGAAUUACCUCUCAGAGUUAGUCACGAGUGUGCAUAUUAACAAUUAUCAGCAUAGGAUUGUGGAUUGAUUAGUUUACUUUAUACUGUGGAAUAACUUCAAUAUCAAUGUGAACAGAUAGAUAAUAAUGAACUGUUAUCAGUACAUGGUGAUAACCAUUUGUUCGUUUUACUAUCAAAUUCCAAAUUAGGCGAUUUACUUGGAUUAAAAAAUAAUAAAGGCUUAGAUCAAUGUAUUUUAAUGGGAAGUACGUCAAAAGGUUAGAAAAAAGGAAAUAGAGAUUGAAAUAAAAUCAGCUAAAACAUUAUUAAAAUUGCUGAAUCAGAAUUGUUCAAAUUAUGUUUUAGAAUAUUGAAGAUUCCCAUUGUGGAAAUUAGAACAACACAUAUAAGCGAACAAUUGUUUUCAAUUAGAUCGUCAUCAGGCUUUACUCUAAUAUACAUGAAUAUUUAUACGAAAAUUUUAAACCAAUCAAGGCAAUAUGAGUCAAUAAUCACAAGGAAAUAGAAUGUCACCACACAUAAUAGGUAAAAAUACAAGUUUAUAGUAGGAAGACAGGUGAACUGAUAAUAGUGAGAAUAAUAAAAUACAAUAACAAAACUCUUACCAAUAGUUAAACGUUGGGAAUAGAAGGUCAAACAUGGGUAAAUAGACUAGGAAUAGUAAUCACAAAAGAUUAAAAUCAUUACGUAAUAAAAAGUGUGUUAAUAAUUAGAUAGUGAAGAAUACAAACGGCAAGAGGCGGAAAAUUUCAUUGUGAUUGUUAACCCAUAUUGCCUUGAUUGGUUUAAAAUUUUCGUAUAAAUAUUCAUGUAUAUUAGAGUAAAGUCUGAUGACGAUCUAAUUGAAAACAAUUGUUCGCUUAUAUGUGUUGUUCAAAUUAUAUUUGAAAAAGGGUCGAAGAAAGAUCAUUACAUAAUUACAAUUUAUUUUAAAAUACUAUACUGGUUUAUUUAAAACAAUUAGUCCAUUUGAUAAAUUCCAAUAAUGCAAUGAGAAGACGAAGUUUAUCAGAAUUGUGUGAUAUAUGUUUUAACAAUGUCUUAACAAGCAUAUGUGUAGUCAUAAUGGUUUAUAUUUUUAUACUUUUCUUAUGUUUCUUUAUUUAGUCAGUUACAACAUGAGAGUCAGUCUCAGUUGGAUCAAUUGAUAAAUCGUGUGAAAAGAUGGAGUAGCCGAUAUGAACAUGAACCGAAUGUUGAUUCUAGUAUAACCAAUUCUAGAAUAAGUUCUAGUUUAAAAUCUAGUACAAUAUCUGACAAUUGGACAGGUAAUAAUCAAAUGUAUCCAAUAGAUGCAAGAUCACCUCAAUCUAUAGUGAGAGAAACAUCACGAUUAUCGUCUAGAACAAGAUCAGAAUCAAUUCCAUGCCCAGCACUUGAUGCUAUUACACAAAUCGGUGUUACAACCAAAACAUCAGGGACUCAAAUUUCUGAUGACGACGGUGAUGGUGGUCGUAAUAAAAUAGAUUUAUGUGUAUCUAAAAGACAAUUUGUGCCAGCGACGAUUCCUGAAAGAAAACAAGUAAGAAAUGCAAUAACUCAAAUUGGAGUUUCAAAAGUCGAUGCAGGCACACAAGAUGACUAUCAUGGAUACAGUCCUAAGCGUUCAGUUAAAGAAGUAUUAUGUCAAAUAGGUCAAAUUACAGCGAAUGCUUCAUGUCAGACAUUAGAACAUUACAAGCUGCAACAAACGCUUAAAAAGCCAACUUUGGAUGCGAUAGUUCAAUCUGGUGUUAUCACUAAGAAUAAUUCCACUCAGUCGGAAAGCAUCACAGAAACCGUUGUGAAAAUGGACGUACCUGAAUCACAAAAAGGUGCACGAAAAUACAGCGUACUAGAUGCUAUCUGUCAAAUAGGACAGGUUACACAAACAAUUGGAACACAAAUAGAAAUAGAGAAUACAGAAAGAAAUAAGAAAAAUCUUGGAGUUCAAGCAGAAAUCAAAAAGGUAUGGCAACACCCAGUGAAAACAACUGAAGCCGCAUGUCAAAUAGGUAGGAUAACAAUAAACGCAAGUACGGAGAUGUCAUCAAUGCUCAUCAGUAAUGAACAAAUGAUAAGACAAGAUAUGAAGAAAAGUGAUAUAGUGUGUCAAAUAGGAAAGGUUCAAAUAGCACAAUCAACACAGGCCGACUUAACUAAGCAUAUGUUACGCAAACCAUCGUCCGAUGUAGUAUGUCAAGUAGGAAGUGUUAUGGAAUCUUCAGGGAUCCAGAUAGAUGAACCUCAUAAAACUUCAAUGUUACUAGCGGGAACUCAAAGUGCCAAAACACCAACAUACACUAAGGAGAUUCAGACAGAUAUGGGAUUCCGAGUGGAACCGAAGUUUGUGUCGAAGGCUGUCAACGAUGUUAUAUGUCAGGUUGGUCAGGUAAACCAUGAAGUAUCCACACAGUCAGUUGAACAUGUCACUGCUAGACCAGCAUACAAGGAUACUGGCAUUGACCCGAUUCACGUGUGGGAAAAGAAGAUGGCCAACGAUGUCGUCACACAAACAGGGAUUGUCCAUACAUCGAAAAUAACACAAGCUGAACUAAUACAAGAACAACCGGUGUAUAUGAAGCCAAUAGAAACACAGGAUGUACCGAUAACAUCGUACAAAGAAACCGUAGAUGCCUACCAACAGGCCGACUUAAUUAAGCAUAUGUUACGCAAACCAUCGUCCGAUGUAGUAUGUCAAGUAGGAAGUGUUAUGGAAUCUUCAGGGAUCCAGAUAGAUGAACCUCAUAAAACUUCAAUGUUACUAGCGGGAACUCAAAGUGCCAAAACACCAACAUACACUAAGGAGAUUCAGACAGAUAUGGGAUUCCGAGUGGAACCGAAGUUUGUGUCGAAGGCUGUCAACGAUGUUAUAUGUCAGGUUGGUCAGGUAAACCAUGAAGUAUCCACACAGUCAGUUGAACAUGUCACUGCUAGACCAGCAUACAAGGAUACUGGCAUUGACCCGAUUCACGUAUGGGAAAAGAAGAUGGCCAACGAUGUCGUCACACAAACAGGGAUUGUCCAUACAUCGAAAAUAACACAAGCUGAACUAAUACAAGAACAACCGGUGUAUGUGAAGCCAAUAGAAACACAGGAUGUACCGAUAACAUCGUACAAAGAAACCGUAGAUGCCUACCAACAGGCCGACUUAAUUAAGCAUAUGUUACGCAAACCAUCGUCCGAUGUAGUAUGUCAAGUAGGAAGUGUUAUGGAAUCUUCAGGGAUCCAGAUAGAUGAACCUCAUAAAACUUCAAUGUUACUAGCGGGAACUCAAAGUGCCAAAACACCAACAUACACUAAGGAGAUUCAGACAGAUAUGGGAUUCCGAGUGGAACCGAAGUUUGUGUCGAAGGCUGUCAACGAUGUUAUAUGUCAGGUUGGUCAGGUAAACCAUGAAGUAUCCACACAGUCAGUUGAACAUGUCACUGCUAGACCAGCAUACAAGGAUACUGGCAUUGACCCGAUUCACGUAUGGGAAAAGAAGAUGGCCAACGAUGUCGUCACACAAACAGGGAUUGUCCAUACAUCGAAAAUAACACAAGCUGAACUAAUACAAGAACAACCGGUGUAUGUGAAGCCAAUAGAAACACAGGAUGUACCGAUAACAUCGUACAAAGAAACCGUAGAUGCCUACCAACAGGCCGACUUAAUUAAGCAUAUGUUACGCAAACCAUCGUCCGAUGUAGUAUGUCAAGUAGGAAGUGUUAUGGAAUCUUCAGGGAUCCAGAUAGAUGAACCUCAUAAAACUUCAAUGUUACUAGCGGGAACUCAAAGUGCCAAAACACCAACAUACACUAAGGAGAUUCAGACAGAUAUGGGAUUCCGAGUGGAACCGAAGUUUGUGUCGAAGGCUGUCAACGAUGUUAUAUGUCAGGUUGGUCAGGUAAACCAUGAAGUAUCCACACAGUCAGUUGAACAUGUCACUGCUAGACCAGCAUACAAGGAUACUGGCAUUGACCCGAUUCACGUAUGGGAAAAGAAGAUGGCCAACGAUGUCGUCACACAAACAGGGAUUGUCCAUACAUCGAAAAUAACACAAGCUGAACUAAUACAAGAACAACCGGUGUAUGUGAAGCCAAUAGAAACACAGGAUGUACCGAUAACAUCGUACAAAGAAACCGUAGAUGCCUACCAACAGGCCGACUUAAUUAAGCAUAUGUUACGCAAACCAUCGUCCGAUGUAGUAUGUCAAGUAGGAAGUGUUAUGGAAUCUUCAGGGAUCCAGAUAGAUGAACCUCAUAAAACUUCAAUGUUACUAGCGGGAACUCAAAGUGCCAAAACACCAACAUACACUAAGGAGAUUCAGACAGAUAUGGGAUUCCGAGUGGAACCGAAGUUUGUGUCGAAGGCUGUCAACGAUGUUAUAUGUCAGGUUGGUCAGGUAAACCAUGAAGUAUCCACACAGUCAGUUGAACAUGUCACUGCUAGACCAGCAUACAAGGAUACUGGCAUUGACCCGAUUCACGUGUGGGAAAAGAAGAUGGCCAACGAUGUCGUCACACAAACAGGGAUUGUCCAUACAUCGAAAAUAACACAAGCUGAACUAAUACAAGAACAACCGGUGUAUGUGAAGCCAAUAGAAACACAGGAUGUACCGAUAACAUCGUACAAAGAAACCGUAGAUGCCUACCAACAGGCCGACUUAAUUAAGCAUAUGUUACGCAAACCAUCGUCCGAUGUAGUAUGUCAAGUAGGAAGUGUUAUGGAAUCUUCAGGGAUCCAGAUAGAUGAACCUCAUAAAACUUCAAUGUUACUAGCGGGAACUCAAAGUGCCAAAACACCAACAUACACUAAGGAGAUUCAGACAGAUAUGGGAUUCCGAGUGGAACCGAAGUUUGUGUCGAAGGCUGUCAACGAUGUUAUAUGUCAGGUUGGUCAGGUAAACCAUGAAGUAUCCACACAGUCAGAGAUUCCUUCAAUUAUUUCAGUGGGAGUAGAUCCAAGACCAGAAGGUGCUGUAAGGCACCUAGGUUCAUACCAAGUGCCACCAAACACAGAUUGUCAAAGCAGACAAGUACAGGCAGAUAUCAAACAGGCAUUUAAACAUAUAAAUAUGCAAACAGAAGAGAUAACUAGAGAAAAUUUAAUAUCGACGAACUUGGUGAGGGCGAAACAGAAAGAAACAUUUGAGGUAACGACUCAAUUCGGUAUAUUAACAAAAGAUAAAGACGUCGAAACAUUCGUUAAAUGUAGUUCAAAAGAAACACAAACCAUAGAAAGUUCACCAGAAGCUGAAGUAAAAAUGAGGAGCCAACAAACGUUCACUCGAAUAAGAAGUAAAAAUUAUGACGUCCAAACACAGUCAGGGACGAUAAAUAUUUCCCAAGCAUUCCAGACAUUAUUAGAUUACAAGCCAACAACAGAUAAACGAUCAACUGGAAUGCAGCACGAAAUGGAAUUCAGAGUGGUGCAAACUACGCAACAUGAACCACAAACACAAGAAACACCGACACAAACUGAGCGAGCGACAUUAAAAGAUGAACAAUCAUUUACGUCAUUCAAAUUGAAAACAUACGAUGUUCAGACUCAGUUUGGAAGUAUGCUUAAGUCACAGGCAGCACAAACGCCAGGUGAACACAGACCCGUCGUCGAAAUGAAAGACAUGAUUACACAACACGAGAAACGUCCAGAACCAAUUGUACACAAAAAAUUACAAGCAAUGGUACAACCGACCACCAUUAACACAGAGACUCAGACGAUGGAAGAGAGACCACCACCGGUUAUCUUGCCACCAAAGUUAUUCGACGUCCAAACACAAUCAGGAUCAGUGACGAUAGAUUCAGAAACACAAACACCACAAGAACGUAGACCAGUAAUUGAAAUGAAAGAGUUGCUUACACAACACGAGAAACGUCCAGAACCAAUUGUACACAAAAAAUUACAAGCAAUGGUACAACCGACCACCAUUAACACAGAGACUCAGACGAUGGAAGAGAGACCACCACCGGUUAUCUUGCCACCAAAGUUAUUCGACGUCCAAACACAAUCAGGAUCAGUGACGAUAGAUUCAGAAACACAAACACCACAAGAACGUAGACCAGUAAUUGAAAUGAAAGAGUUGCUUACACAACACGAGAAACGUCCAGAACCAAUUGUACACAAAAAAUUACAAGCAAUGGUACAACCGACCACCAUUAACACAGAGACUCAGACGAUGGAAGAGAGACCACCACCGGUUAUCUUGCCACCAAAGUUAUUCGACGUCCAAACACAAUCAGGAUCAGUGACGAAAGAUUCAGAAACACAAACACCACAAGAACAUAGACCAGUAAUCGAAAUGAAAGAGUUGCUUACACAACACGAGAAACGUCCAGAACCAAUUGUACACAAAAAAUUACAAGCAAUGGUACAACCGACCACCAUUAACACAGAGACUCAGACGAUGGAAGAGAGACCACCACCGGUUAUCUUGCCACCAAAGUUAUUCGACGUCCAAACACAAUCAGGAUCAGUGACGAUAGAUUCAGAAACACAAACACCACUAGAACGUAGGCCAGUGGUCGCGACUAAAGAUGCAAGUGUACAUCAAGAAACAAAACCUGUUCAAUCAAUUCCCAAGAAGUUACAGGCUACAGUCGUCCCACCACUUGAAAACAUAGCUACACAAACAGAUUUAUUAGCACAACCUGUUGUCAUGCCCAUGGUGAAAACUACGCAUCAUGAACCACAAACACAAGAAACACCGACACAAACUGAGCGAGCGACAUUAAAAGAUGAACAAUCAUUUACGUCAUUCAAAUUGAAAACAUACGAUGUUCAGACUCAGUUUGGAAGUAUGCUUAAGUCACAGGCAGCACAAACGCCAGGUGAACACAGACUCGUCGUCGAAAUGAAAGACAUGAUUACACAACACGAGAAACGUCCAGAACCAAUUGUACACAAAAAAUUACAAGCAAUGGUACAACCGACCACCAUUAACACAGAGACUCAGACGAUGGAAGAGAGACCACCACCGGUUAUCUUGCCACCAAAGUUAUUCGACGUCCAAACACAAUCAGGAUCAGUGACGAUAGAUUCAGAAACACAAACACCACAAGAACGUAGACCAGUAAUUGAAAUGAAAGAGUUGCUUACACAACACGAGAAACGUCCAGAACCAAUUGUACACAAAAAAUUACAAGCAAUGGUACAACCGACCACCAUUAACACAGAGACUCAGACGAUGGAAGAGAGACCACCACCGGUUAUCUUGCCACCAAAGUUAUUCGACGUCCAAACACAAUCAGGAUCAGUGACGAAAGAUUCAGAAACACAAACACCACAAGAACAUAGACCAGUAAUCGAAAUGAAAGAGUUGCUUACACAACACGAGAAACGUCCAGAACCAAUUGUACACAAAAAAUUACAAGCAAUGGUACAACCGACCACCAUUAACACAGAGACUCAGACGAUGGAAGAGAGACCACCACCGGUUAUCUUGCCACCAAAGUUAUUCGACGUCCAAACACAAUCAGGAUCAGUGACGAUAGAUUCAGAAACACAAACACCACUAGAACGUAGGCCAGUGGUCGCGACUAAAGAUGCAACUGUACAUCAAGAAACAAAACCUGUUCAAUCAAUUCCCAAGAAGUUACAGGCUACAGUCGUCCCACCACUUGAAAACAUAGCUACACAAACAGAUUUAUUAGCACAACCUGUUGUCAUGUCCAUGGUGAAAACUACGCAUCAUGAACCACAAACACAAGAAACACCGACACAAACUGAGCGAGUGACAUUAAAAGAUGAACAAUCAUUUACGUCAUUCAAAUUGAAAACAUACGAUGUUCAGACUCAGUUUGGAAGUAUGCUUAAGUCACAGGCAGCACAAACGCCAGGUGAACACAGACCCGUCGUCGAAAUGAAAGACAUGAUUACACAACACGAGAAACGUCCAGAACCAAUUGUACACAAAAAAUUACAAGCAAUGGUACAACCGACCACCAUUAACACAGAGACUCAGACGAUGGAAGAGAGACCACCACCGGUUAUCUUGCCACCAAAGUUAUUCGACGUCCAAACACAAUCAGGAUCAGUGACGAUAGAUUCAGAAACACAAACACCACAAGAACGUAGACCAGUAAUUGAAAUGAAAGAGUUGCUUACACAACACGAGAAACGUCCAGAACCAAUUGUACACAAAAAAUUACAAGCAAUGGUACAACCGACCACCAUUAACACAGAGACUCAGACGAUGGAAGAGAGACCACCACCGGUUAUCUUGCCACCAAAGUUAUUCGACGUCCAAACACAAUCAGGAUCAGUGACGAUAGAUUCAGAAACACAAACACCACACGAACAGAAAAUAAUCCCAGAUAUAAAGCAUGUGAGUGUAUUUCAUGAGUCACAUCAUGUACAAACAGUAAACAAGAAACUUCAAGCUGUGGUAUACCAUCCAUCUGACGAUGUGUGUUUGCAAACCGAAGAGGUAAGCGUACAACCUGUCAAACCCGUUGCACAGGUGUUUUCUCGAGCUCCGCAAGUUGCACAUAAGCAAACACAAGCAGAAUGGCUGAAGGUCAAUAUAAAAACAUUUGAUAUACAAGCACAAUCAGGGAUGGUAGUCAAGACACAGUCGACACAAACUAUUCUAGAAGAACAACCAGUAUUCCAUACUGCAGACGUCAGUGUGAUUCAUAGUGAAAAAUCACCUUCAUUAGUAGGCAAGAAGGUUCAGGCAACAAUGCGUCAAUCAGUUGACAACACAAGCACACAGACUGAUCCGAUGACUCAAGUCCCUACUGUAUUACCGAAAACCACGUUCGAUGUUGUGACUCAGUCUGGUACUAUACACUGUGCACAGUCAGUUCAGACCAUUCCAGAGGAACGACCAGUAUUCCAUACUGCAGACGUCAGUGUGAUUCAUAGUGAAAAAUCACCUUCAUUAGUAGGCAAGAAGGUUCAGGCAACAAUGCGUCAAUCAGUUGACAACACAAGCACACAGACUGAUCCGAUGACUCAAGUCCCUACUGUAUUACCGAAAACCACGUUCGAUGUUGUGACUCAGUCUGGUACUAUACACUGUGCACAGUCAGUUCAGACCAUUCCAGAGGAACGACCAGUAUUCCAUACUGCAGACGUCAGUGUGAUUCAUAGUGAAAAAUCACCUUCAUUAGUAGGCAAGAAGGUUCAGGCAACAAUGCGUCAAUCAGUUGACAACACAAGCACACAGACUGAUCCGAUGACUCAAGUCCCUACUGUAUUACCGAAAACCACGUUCGAUGUUGUGACUCAGUCUGGUACUAUACACUGUGCACAGUCAGUUCAGACUAUUCCAGAGGAACGCCCGGUAUACCACACUGUCGGUGUAGGAGUUGAUCAUACUGGGAAAUUGCAGCCCGUGUUAUACGAGAACGUUCAGGCAACAAUGCGUCAAUCAGUUGACAACACAAGCACACAGACUGAUCCGAUGACUCAAGUCCCUACUGUAUUACCGAAAACCACGUUCGAUGUUGUGACUCAGUCUGGUACUAUCCACUGUGCACAGUCAGUUCAGACCAUUCCAGAGGAACGACCAGUAUUCCAUACUGCAGACGUCAGUGUGAUUCAUAGUGAAAAAUCACCUUCAUUAGUAGGCAAGAAGGUUCAGGCAACAAUGCGUCAAUCAGUUGACAACACAAGCACACAGACUGAUCCGAUGACUCAAGUCCCUACUGUAUUACCGAAAACCACGUUCGAUGUUGUGACUCAGUCUGGUACUAUACACUGUGCACAGUCAGUUCAGACUAUUCCAGAGGAACGCCCGGUAUACCACACUGUCGGUGUAGGAGUUGAUCAUACUGGGAAAUUGCAGCCCGUGUUAUACGAGAACGUUCAGGCAACAAUGCGUCAAUCAGUUGACAACACAAGCACACAGACUGAUCCGAUGACUCAAGUCCCUACUGUAUUACCGAAAACCACGUUCGAUGUUGUGACUCAGUCUGGUACUAUCCACUGUGCACAGUCAGUUCAGACCAUUCCAGAGGAACGACCAGUAUUCCAUACUGCAGACGUCAGUGUGAUUCAUAGUGAAAAAUCACCUUCAUUAGUAGGCAAGAAGGUUCAGGCAACAAUGCGUCAAUCAGUUGACAACACAAGCACACAGACUGAUCCGAUGACUCAAGUCCCUACUGUAUUACCGAAAACCACGUUCGAUGUUGUGACUCAGUCCGGUACUCUGUCUCUUACUGUUGGUUGUCAAGCUGUUCUUAUAUCGGAAGAUUUUUUGAUGAAAGAUGUUGCUGUUGAUUAUGUCAGAUCGGUCAAUUCUUGUUUCUCUAAAGCUGUUCAAGCUAGCAUACAAGUUGAAAGUAAAAACGUUGAAAUACAGUGUCUGAUAAAAGAUAAACGUGUAAUUAAUAUUCGGAAUGCAGAAGCUCAAUUCGACGUACUUUGUCGUCAGGAAGAAACUCAAACAUUUAGUUUACCUUUAACAACUACGAAAGAAGGAAGUGUUCAGCACGCACCAACGACUACACAAAUAAUAAAUAAAAAGCUACAAGUAACUAUUUCCCAGUCAGUUCGAGAGGAAGCCGCGCAAACAUACGAAUCAAUACCAGUCGUAACAGUACACACGAUGCAAAGAAUUCAUCACUCUGUACAGACACAUGAAAUAUCAUCACAAACUGACAGUCUAGAAUUUUUUGAUCGUCAGUCCUACGCGCAAAUCAAAUCUCAAACAAAUGAUGUAGAAAUACAAUCAGGAAUCAUUUGCAAAUCACAGGGAUCGCAGACAAAAUUAGAGCAUAAAACUUUCGGAAUGACGAAAGAAACUAGUACACAGUAUGAGGCAGUACAAAGAACAAUGAUAAAUAUAGAUAUUCAGGCAGAUGCUCAACAUCCAGUGUCCAAUACUUACGUCCAAACAGAUGAAAGUCAACUGAUAAAUAUCAGGCAGAAACACCAGACGAAUGUACAGACACAAUCAGGAAUCAUUCAAAAAGAACAGGGAGCACAAACACUAGAAGAGGUCCACACCACAAUGAACAAGACCGACGUUAGUGUAACUCAUGAACUCAAAAAUCGACAAAUUAACAAGAAGUUGCAAGCAAAAAUAAUGUCUCAAAUGAAAGACGUAGUCAUACAAACAGAAGUAGUAGGAACCUCUGCACAUCCAACACCGACAAAAUCUACAUUUGAUGUGCAAACACAAUCAGGAUCACUGACGAUAGAUUCAGAAACACAAACACCACACGAACAGAAAAUAAUCCCAGAUAUAAAGCAUGUGAGUGUAUUUCAUGAGUCACAUCAUGUACAAACAGUAAACAAGAAACUUCAAGCUGUGGUAUACCAUCCAUCUGACGAUGUGUGUUUGCAAACCGAAGAGGUAAGCGUACAACCUGUCAAACCCGUUGCACAGGUGUUUUCUCGAGCUCCGCAAGUUGCACAUAAGCAAACACAAGCAGAAUGGCUGAAGGUCAAUAUAAAAACAUUUGAUAUACAAGCACAAUCAGGGAUGGUAGUCAAGACACAGUCGACACAAACUAUUCUAGAAGAACAACCAGUAUUCCAUACUGCAGACGUCAGUGUGAUUCAUAGUGAAAAAUCACCUUCACUGGUGAACAAGAAACUUCAGGUAAACAUGCGUCAAUCAGUUGACAACACAAGCACACAGACUGAUCCGAUGACUCAAGUCCCUACUGUAUUACCGAAAACCACGUUCGAUGUUGUGACUCAGUCUGGUACUAUCCACUGUGCACAGUCAGUUCAGACCAUUCCAGAGGAACGACCAGUAUUCCAUACUGCAGACGUCAGUGUGAUUCAUAGUGAAAAAUCACCUUCAUUAGUAGGCAAGAAGGUUCAGGCAACAAUGCGUCAAUCAGUUGACAACACAAGCACACAGACUGAUCCGAUGACUCAAGUCCCUACUGUAUUACCGAAAACCACGUUCGAUGUUGUGACUCAGUCUGGUACUAUCCACUGUGCACAGUCAGUUCAGACCAUUCCAGAGGAACGACCAGUAUUCCAUACUGCAGACGUUAGUGUGAUUCAUAGUGAAAAAUCACCUUCAUUAGUAGGCAAGAAGGUUCAGGCAACAAUGCGUCAAUCAGUUGACAACACAAGCACACAGACUGAUCCGAUGACUCAAGUCCCUACUGUAUUACCGAAAACCACGUUCGAUGUUGUGACUCAGUCUGGUACUAUACACUGUGCACAGUCAGUUCAGACUAUUCCAGAGGAACGCCCGGUAUACCACACUGUCGGUGUAGGAGUUGAUCAUACUGGGAAAUUGCAGCCCGUGUUAUACGAGAACGUUCAGGCAACAAUGCGUCAAUCAGUUGACAACACAAGCACACAGACUGAUCCGAUGACUCAAGUCCCUACUGUAUUAUCGAAAACCACGUUCGAUGUUGUGACUCAGUCUGGUACUAUCCACUGUGCACAGUCAGUUCAGACCAUUCCAGAGGAACGACCAGUAUUCCAUACUGCAGACGUCAGUGUGAUUCAUAGUGAAAAAUCACCUUCAUUAGUAGGCAAGAAGGUUCAGGCAACAAUGCGUCAAUCAGUUGACAACACAAGCACACAGACUGAUCCGAUGACUCAAGUCCCUACUGUAUUACCGAAAACCACGUUCGAUGUUGUGACUCAGUCUGGUACUAUACACUGUGCACAGUCAGUUCAGACUAUUCCAGAGGAACGCCCGGUAUACCACACUGUCGGUGUAGGAGUUGAUCAUACUGGGAAAUUGCAGCCCGUGUUAUACGAGAACGUUCAGGCAACAAUGCGUCAAUCAGUUGACAACACAAGCACACAGACUGAUCCGAUGACUCAAGUCCCUACUGUAUUACCGAAAACCACGUUCGAUGUUGUGACUCAGUCUGGUACUAUCCACUGUGCACAGUCAGUUCAGACCAUUCCAGAGGAACGACCAGUAUUCCAUACUGCAGACGUCAGUGUGAUUCAUAGUGAAAAAUCACCUUCAUUAGUAGGCAAGAAGGUUCAGGCAACAAUGCGUCAAUCAGUUGACAACACAAGCACACAGACUGAUCCGAUGACUCAAGUCCCUACUGUAUUACCGAAAACCACGUUCGAUGUUGUGACUCAGUCUGGUACUAUCCACUGUGCACAGUCAGUUCAGACCAUUCCAGAGGAACGACCAGUAUUCCAUACUGCAGACGUCAGUGUGAUUCAUAGUGAAAAAUCACCUUCAUUAGUAGGCAAGAAGGUUCAGGCAACAAUGCGUCAAUCAGUUGACAACACAAGCACACAGACUGAUCCGAUGACUCAAGUCCCUACUGUAUUACCGAAAACCACGUUCGAUGUUGUGACUCAGUCUGGUACUAUCCACUGUGCACAGUCAGUUCAGACCAUUCCAGAGGAACGACCAGUAUUCCAUACUGCAGACGUCAGUGUGAUUCAUAGUGAAAAAUCACCUUCAUUAGUAGGCAAGAAGGUUCAGGCAACAAUGCGUCAAUCAGUUGACAACACAAGCACACAGACUGAUCCGAUGACUCAAGUCCCUACUGUAUUACCGAAAACCACGUUCGAUGUUGUGACUCAGUCUGGUACUAUCCACUGUGCACAGUCAGUUCAGACCAUUAGUGAGGAACGACCACGAUUCGAUAAUGUUGAUGUGAGCGUUGAUCAUUUUGAGACUGUGCCUAUUGUUCGAUCAACAAUCUCAUCGACCAUGCAUACUCUUCCAAACACUUCACAAUCAACACAAACCACACCUACUAAACUAGCUGAUACAUUCUGUCAAGCAACGUUAUCUUCUACUACAUACGAUGUCCAAAUUCAAUCUGGAGUAAUGCAUUCAAUAGAUGGGACACAGACUGUCGAUUUAAGGUCACCAAUUGAGAUGAAAGAAAUGAGUGUCACACACGAGAAGGAACGAACUGUUCUGAAAGGGAAGAAACUUCAGGUUCGUUGUGACUCAACUGAUUUGGGAGUCCAAACUGAUCAAAUUACUCCCAUUGUUCGAUCAACAAUCUCAUCGACCAUGCAUACUCUUCCAAACACUUCACAAUCAACACAAACCACACCUACUAAACUAGCUGAUACAUUCUGUCAAGCAACGUUAUCUUCUACUACAUACGAUGUCCAAAUUCAAUCUGGAGUAAUGCAUUCAAUAGAUGGGACACAGACUGUCGAUUUAAGGUCACCAAUUGAGAUGAAAGAAAUGAGUGUCACACACGAGAAGGAACGAACUGUUCUGAAAGGGAAGAAACUUCAGGUUCGUUGUGACUCAACUGAUUUGGGAGUCCAAACUGAUCAAAUUACUCCCAUUGUUCGAUCAACAAUCUCAUCGACCAUGCAUACUCUUCCAAACACUUCACAAUCAACACAAACCACACCUACUAAACUAGCUGAUACAUUCUGUCAAGCAACGUUAUCUUCUACUACAUACGAUGUCCAAAUUCAAUCUGGAGUAAUGCAUUCAAUAGAUGGGACACAGACUGUCGAUUUAAGGUCACCAAUUGAGAUGAAAGAAAUGAGUGUCACACACGAGAAGGAACGAACUGUUCUGAAAGGGAAGAAACUUCAGGUUCGUUGUGACUCAACUGAUUUGGGAGUCCAAACUGAUCAAAUUACUCCCAUUGUUCGAUCAACAAUCUCAUCGACUAUGCAUACUCUUCCAAACACUUCACAAUCAACACAAACCACACCUACUAAACUAGCUGAUACAUUCUGUCAAGCAACGUUAUCUUCUACUACAUACGAUGUCCAAAUUCAAUCUGGAGUAAUGCAUUCAAUAGAUGGGACACAGACUGUCGAUUUAAGGUCACCAAUUGAGAUGAAAGAAAUGAGUGUCACACACGAGAAGGAACGAACUGUUCUGAAAGGGAAGAAACUUCAGGUUCAUUGUGACUCAACUGAUUUGGGAGUCCAAACAGAUCACACUAUGUCUACUGUUCACUUGGACAGUAAAUUAACUCAAACUGCCUUAGUUCGUUAUACGGAUGUAUCAUGUCAGUAUACUGAACUCACGAAGCCUUCAUUAACUAGUCAUGCAGUAACGUCCAGAGUUGUUAGCAUUCAAACAGAUGUGCCUUUUUCAACAAACGUACGUGUGGAUCAACGAAACAAGAAAUUCCAAGUGAAUCUAAUAUCGCCUUCAUCACCAAAGACUCUAAUAAAUGUAGCCUCUAUAGGAACACAAACUUCAGAUUAUAGAUACCAGGAUAUAAGUAUUGAACAGGUUGAUAAAACAAUAGUUUCAUCAGUGGAUGCACAUGUGGUUCAUGAUUCAGCGUCUAAUGUGACAAACACUUCACAAGCAAUACCAAAAAUAAAAAUAGAUCAAGAGUGCCAAGUAAAAAUAACUCCUCAACAAUAUCAAAAGAAACUUCAGUAUGGUUCCUCAUUUUCUACAUUAAAAAAUACAUCUUCUCAAACUAUACAGGACAGUUGUCUUUAUGACUAUCAUAAAACUUCUUCGUCAUCAAGUAUUGGAGUUCAGGCAAGUAAUAUACGACCAGUAGUUACAGUAGAUACAGGGACUCAAGAAACAAGACCAAGUGAGACUUCUCCAUCACCUUUACAAGUUAAGAACAAAAAACUACAAGUCUACCCAUCUAAACUUGGUGAACAAGUAGAAGAAGAAUUUACACAUCCUCAAGACACAAUCUCCAAAGGAAUGUCAACCUCAUUAACUGAGAUAACACAAACAGAUGAGUGUUUACUAAAAAAUAUUGAAUGUUUCAAGUGUAUAUCACGGGGAUAUGAUAAGAAAACAAUUGAUAAAGAUAUGCAAUCGGAAGAAAAAUCAAUAAGAACAAAACAAACAGCAUCCAGUACAGUGAAAUCAAAUUACUUUACACGUAUUCUCCAAAUGGAAACUAUUCCUGACAAGCCAAAAGCAUCAGACACAUCCGAUGUGCUGAAACUAUACAGAGAGUCCGGCUAUAGAGCUAGGGGUGAAUCAAAGAAUAUCCAAACUGAUACGUUUUUGUUGGGAAGUAUUCAAUUACCUGAAAGUAGGGAAGUGGAUAGCAUAGGAAAAAUUUCGAAAAAGACCACAAUUGUUCAGUUAGAAAAGUUAACUACGGAUAAGUGUGUAGAUACUAUGCCCUUUGAAAAAGGACUUAUAGAAUCUCAAAUAUCCUAUCAUGAUACCCAGAUGUCUGAAAGGAGAAAUAUAAAGUUACUAAAAGAACCACCAUGGUCAGAAGCACAAGUAUCAAAUGUUCUGCAAGAUAUUCAGUAUGAAAUAAGACAUCCUCAAAUAAUAGAUUCAAGUGGAAGUUACUCACCUCAACAAAAUUCAGUUGCAGUUAGUGCACGACCAACUACUCAUAUGCUUGCUCAUACAGAAUCAACAAGCAGAAAUGGAAAUGGAAAGGCUAAGACACCGUAUCAAUAUUUAAAACCAGAUGUUGUAAGUUGGGGAGUACAAUUUGCACCAGUGACACUUACUGGGGUAACGCAAACCACUGAAUCUUCGAAACAUAAGUUAACUAUCGAUUCACCAGUAAAUAUAGGUGUACAAACUGAUGCGAUUGAAGAUGACUAUUAUAUAAAAAGAGUUGUGACGACAAUAGCUAGGAAAGGUUUGUCAUCUUAUUGUCGUCGAGGUCCAGUAGCCAAAAGAAUUGUCGAACACACUGAUUUAUUGACAUCGAGUUUACCUAGUAACCUAGAUGAAGAGUUUGAUGAAGAAACAACAAUUGCACCAAGAACAACGAAGGUCACAACUAUGCAAAAACGUGGAGAUCGUCGAGUAGUACAUGAAGAGUUACUUACAGAGGACUAUAGGGAAAGAGGAAGUUCACUUGACUCUCAUGUAGCCCACGAACGGUUUCUGAGAGAAACACACCCACAGGAUAUCGAUUUGCAUGGAAUGCAUGAACAUGAGACAGGCAUAUAUACUGAUGCUGAAAUCUGUUUGCAGAAUUUACUGAAAGUUUGGGGAGAGCAAUACUUGCUUUCUAGAUUAAGAACGAUCGGUAGAUACUCAGGGCUUUCAGUUAGUCUUGAUCGAAGUAUACAUACAGCAGAAAAAUCACGGCUAGUUGAAGCGAAGACACAGUUUACUUCAACGGGAAACUUAGUGAGUCAAAUCAGAAAUCUUGAGAACAUGGGAACACAGACUAGUGAUAUUCUCCUUACCACUCGACCUCCACAUAAAAAUAAACGGAUACAACGUGGUCGUAGCUUCAUUUCUGGAGGAACGAAUCAGCCACCACCGACGCGUAGUGGCUCGGUAGUAAGUCCACUGUCGCCGACUACCGAAGAACUGACAAGUCACCAUCGUCAGCACGGGAUAACAAGCAUGCAGACACGUACUUCUCAUCCAUUUAAUUUGGCCACUACCACAUUUACAGAGACUACACAAGAGCAAUCGACAUUCAGUAUUGAACAUACAGUCCAGACUUAUAUAUGUCCAACAUGUGGGAGUCAAGCUAGUAUCCCAGUGACCGUUCAUUCACAAAUACAACCUCAAACACUUCCAAUAACACAAUUAAAAGACGCCCAAUCACAAACUCGGUUUGUGGGGCAGAUGACAGCUGAUAAUAACUGCACAUAUCUACCAACUUACCUAAGUGAUGAGGAAGUAAUUCGCAUAAAUCAGAGCCAGAAAAUUGAAGACAGAGAAUUUUCGGUGGUGACAUGGCAUCCAGCAGAAAUACGAGAUACAGAACGCCGUAGGGAUAGCGACACAAGUAAUCAGAUACGAGAUGAAGUUUGGGUUGAUAGUCCUGGGAAACUGCUGGAACUCAAAAUAACUGGAGUAAUAGUACCUGGAACAAGCAAAAUCGUUAGCGCAAGUGAAGCGUUUUAUCGUGGUCUACUAAGAGUAGUAUACUGGGAUUAUGAAAAACUUGGACCUAGGCAAUCAUCAGUAGAUUCAACAGUUUCCAUACCACUGGCAGAUGCAGUGAUUUCUAAGGCAGUUCGGUUAGCUAGUGAUAGAAUAUCAACAGAAGCGCAGCCAUCAUUGGAUGCCAAAAUAGUUUGGAGAACACCAGAGAUACAACGAAGUAGGUAUCUAGUACAUUCAAUUAGACCUGAUGCAGGUCAAAACAAACAUAAUCCAAUUAAUCUGGACGUUGCAUCUGCAAUACGAGCUGGUCUAAUUGACAAAGAAACCGGUCGAAUGUUGUUUACACAUUCUGUUUACGAGUCACCAUUCAGUACUGAUUCACCGAUAAGUAAAAAAGGCGAUAGUAGCUCUGACCAAACUGAACGAUUGUCUGUCAGAGAAGCAAUUUUACGUGGAUUUUUAGUUGCAGAAUUAAUAGAACCAGAAUCAUCGUAUAUAACAAAGCAAAGCUUACCAUUUAUUGUCCCAAGCACAAGUUAUUCACACUCUCCGACUGAUGUUGACAUUUGACCUGUUGCUUAAUUAUUAUUAUUAUUAUCAUUGAAAAUAAGUGAAUACACAUGAAACCUGUUUUGUAACCUAGAAAAACUGACCCUCGUCUGUGUAUAAGUAUGGUUCUCUUCCACAGAAAAAGUCGCAUUAUUCAAUCAGCACUACGUUGUAUGCGUGUGUAGCCAAUUAUUUCAAGUAUCAACUUACUCCUUUUUUGUUUUUCGUCGUGUUUUUCCUCUUAAACAACAAAACAAAACGAAAACUAUCACUUACCUAAUCAAAUAUCCAGUAUAAACAACCAUAAAAAUAAUAAUUUCUAUUUUAUUCUUUUUCUGUUGACAUUCUAUUAAUAAUAAUAAUAAUAGUAAUAAUAAUAAUAAUAAUAAUAAUAAUAAU